AUGUUCGCAGCCACCAAGUACAUCUACAACAAGACGCGGACAGGGCCCAAGUCUGGCGGAGAGACAGAGCCGCUCUGUCAACACCGCUUGCAAUCGAGCCAGCCUGCCCCUGCAGCAGAUGAUGGUUUGUCUACGGAGCGAACCUCCAUAAAGACAGAGGACCAGCAGAUACUCCCCCAGUCCGCUCCAGGUCCAGAAGGCGACAGCAAAUGCCACCUCUGCCAACAGCAGUGCCGCCACGACCGCAUCUACAGAUGGAAACUUAUCUGCGGCCUGACACUCCCUUAUAUCCUCAGCACGCUAGAUCUCACAAUCGUCGCCACGGCCGUACCCUCCAUCGCAUCCCAUUUCCGUGCGUUCCCCCCCCACAUAGUCCUAACACCGACCUUCACAAAGUACUCACCGUUAGCAGACAAAUUCGACGAACUUACCUGGAUCGUCACCGCGUUCACUCUUACAUCGACAACAUUCAUCCCGAUCUUCGGACAGCUUGCCGACGUCUUCGGUCGGCAUGCGGUGCUCCAGCUCGCCAUGUUCCUGAUGCUGGUGGGGAGUACGCUGUGCGCGGCGGCGCAGAGCUGGGGGAUGCUUUUGCUGGGUAGGGCGCUGCAGGGGACGAGUUCGGCGGGGAUUAUGAAUAUCAUUAUGAUCGUUCUAGCGGAUCGGGUUUCGCUGAGAGAAAAUGCAAGAAAUAAUUCGAUUUUUGUGUUCGUCGGGGGUUUGGGGUACGGAGUUGGGCCGGUUGUUGGGGGGUAUGGUAAUUGGAGGUACUGUUUUCUGGUGCCCAUACCGGUAGGUCUGAUUGCUUUCAUAUCGCACAUUGUGAUCUUCGUGCUCCUCCGCAAUGAGCUCGUGGAAGGAACCGUCUUUCAAAAAAGCUCGCGAUGGUCUGCGCUUCUUCCAGCCCUGGCAACGCUCGACAUCGUCGGGGCAGUCCUGUUCAUCUUCGGUGUUGGCCUCAUCAUCCUGGGUACAGCCUGGGGAGGGUCGACGUAUCCCUGGUCUUCCCCCGAGGUUCUAGUGCCACUGAUUGUAGGCGGCGUAUGCUUUGCGCUGUUUUUCGUAUAUGAGUGCUUCCUCGAGCCGGACAGAUUGUUUGCUCGGAUGUUCCCAAAGCAGGUGCCCAUGUUGCCGUAUAGCAUGUUUGCUAGACGCGAUACGAUCUGGCUUGCGGUUUUGGAGUUCUCCAGUGGAGCAGGUACUGAUGCUGGCAUUGCAGCUAUGUACUCCGUCUUUUAUUUCAUCGGUAUAUAUUUCACACUAGUUGAAGCCUAUCCUGCCUCGAGAGCAGGCAUCAACCUGCUCUACUACAUUCCAGGAUUAGGAGACAAAGCCGGCGUCUACAUCGCCGUCUUCCUCUGCAACGUCUACCCAGCCCAGACCUUCUUCACCAUCAACACGGGCACCGUUGCCGAAACAGCCGGUUUCGCCCUCCUCAUCUGGGCCAUCAGCACGCAAAACACGGCCCUCAUAAACGGUAUGAUGGUCCUCGCCGGUGCAGGCACGGGGCUCCGUCUCAUGCCCGUGACCCUGCACACGGCAGGCGUGUGGCCCGAGAAGAUCGCCCCGGCGAUGUCGCUGAUGCGGUUUGCACUGCCGUUCGGUGGAACGCUGGGGCUGACGAUUAUGGGGAGUGUUUUCAACAAUUUCCUGUCGAGUAAGAGUAGUGCGAGUGGGGAUAUGGCCCGGCUGGACGUGCACGACGGGGCUUCGUUGGAGUAUAUUGCUGGUCUGCCCGGCCCGGAGCAGGAGGCUAUGCGGACGGCGGGCAAGGAGGCCAUCAUGUGGGCGUUUAUUGCCAUCAUGCCGGUCAUCGGGUUGAGUCUUGCUACGGGAUUGGUGUUGGGUAAUGUAUGGAUCAAGCCGGAGCGUUUGCGUCAGCGUCAGCGUCAGCAGCAGGUGGAGACCAGGAGCGACGGAGCAGACGAGAGCGGCGACAGCGAAGUCAUAUACGCUCCGUACCUGUGGGCACUAUUAACGGGCAACGUAACCACACACAAACACACCAACAAGCCCAAACCAAGGCACGAAGAGGAAACCGAACUCCAUCCUCUCCCCUCAGAGCCAAGCAUAGCAUAG